AUGGCACCGCCGCAUGAAGGAGAUUUCUGGGGGCUGGUCGUGCAAUACGCGCAGGCCGUCUCUGAGUGGGUGGCUCCGCGUGUGGAGGUGCCGUGCGAGAAGCGAUUCGCACAUGAGGACCUGGAAAGAUCAUCUGUGCUGGCGGAGCACCAUCAGGUUGACGACAGUGCGUUGACCUGUCGAGAGCAGUGGGAACUCAUUGGUUAUGUGGAAAGUCUGUUGCAGAUGGUGAAGCACGAGCAGCGCCUUCGAAAUGAUGCAGAGACACGCUGUGCCAACUUAUCUGCUGAGCUUGCGGAAUGGAAAGAGCGCGCGUCGAACAUGGGACCAGACCAAGAAGCAGAUCAAAUCAACACCGGCAACACCUUGUUCUCCAUACGGCGUCGCGGGGAUGAGACUGAAUCAGGUAAUGUUCCCGAAAGCGAUGUUUCUGGGUCCCGUUUGGAUCCCAGCGCGCAGACGCGGAUGGAUUUGGGAGGCGUGUUGCAGGACGGCAUAGAGGUCUCCUACCUCGACUGCAUCACGGGGUGGUUCACGGGAAUUUUGACUUUCACCUGGACUGCUGAGUAUGGGCAGGCUUCCCACAGCGACUGGCUCUGCGUGUUGGCUUUGCCCAGCUUGCUGGAUUUCCUAUGCGCUCCGGAGGUCAUCCAUCUUCGUGCGAGUUCCCUCCGGAGCAUCGACCUGAAGGCUUUGGCGCGGCAUUCCCUGCAGCUCGCUGACUUUUCCAGGUCAUCGUCUUUGAUCGCAUACGCGGAAACCUUUUCAAGGCUGUCAUAUGAUCCAGACCGCGCCUAUGCUAUGUUGAAGAGCGACGUGGAAUUUCAGAAGGCGUUCUUUUGUCAAUGGUACAUCAAUUUCCACCUCCAUGAAUGUGAGCUUCAAUAUGCCUACUCCCCAUUCGUGGCACGCCGCAUCUCCAGCUUUAUGCUGGAUGUGCUGGACUUGCUUCUGGCUUCGCCGGUUGGGGCCUGCAGGUCUGUCAAGAUGAUGGGCCUUUGA